AUGGUCGUUGAAACUACGGUUUUCAGAGCAUUAGAUACCGAAACCAAUGGAAGGAGAUCAGUCAAACUGCAGUGUGAGCGAGUUUUCCAGGACUAUCGGGAUUCUCGGACACUUCCAGAAGAGACGGACUUCCAGAAGCUGAUCGACUACAAGUACCAGCAAGACCAAAACAUUUUGUUGAGCCAGGAGCCCCAGCACUGCCAUGAUCACCAGAAUAACCAGAAAUCAAUGAUUCACUGCCGAAUUCAAGCGUGA